GGAAACGGAGGUGGAGGUGACGGUGGAAACGGCAAUGGAGGAAGUGGAGGCGGAUCAGGAGGUGGAGGGGAAGGAGGCAACGGGUGGAGGUGGAGGCAGUGGAAGUGGAGGAGGCGACGGUGGAAAUAACGGCAAUGGAGGAAUGGAGGCGGAUCAGGAGGUGGAGGGGAAGGAGGCAACGGUGGAGGUGGAGGCAGUGGAAGUGGAGGAGGCGACGGUGGAAAAUAACGGCAAUGGAGGAAGUGGAGGUGGAUCAGCGGGUGGAGGAGAUGCAGAAUGUCAAGAUAACGAACUUGACUGCUUGUACUGGGCAGCAAACAAUGACUGCAUCUGCAAGCCCACAGAUGGAGAUUGCUCAUGGCAAUACUACGUGGCUGCAGUGUGCCCAAAGAGCUGUCUGGUACUUGUGGAAACGGAGGUGGUGACGGAGACGGCGGAAACGGAGGUGGAGGUGGAGACGGCGGAAACGGAGGUGGCGGUGGAGACGGCGGUAAUGGAGGAAAUGGUGGAAGCAUCGACGGCUGCGUCAUUGAUUGCUCCCUCGGAAAGUAUCUGCCACAUCCAAGUGACUGCCGCAAGUUCAUCCAGUGUGCCCCGUAUGUCCUGAAGAGAUGCUUGUGCUCCUGAACGGUCUGGAACCAACAGAAACUCACCUGUGAUCACGAAUGGGCUUCUCCGUGUGUGACAGGCAGCUACUUGACUCCAGAAGGUCUGCCAUGUGGAGGAGGUAGUGGUGGAAAUGGAGGUGGUGGUGGAGACGGCGG